CAAAUGCGCCUCAAUUUUAUUUUGGCACAUCAGAGGCAACGAGGUUUUAAUAAUCCAUUUUCAAUGCGCAUUCACCUCUCACAAGGCAUUUGUUCUUUUUUUUUUGGUUUUGGCCAGGGUAUGGAUGUAUCAUAGAAGCAAAAUGUGCAGCUUUCAGCUCGCCGAGUCGCAAGAGUUGUGUACAAAGGGCUUGCUCGCCCGACGAAUUAAUGCCGAAUGCGAUCUCAAAUGACCCCAAAAAUACUACGAAAUGACGACCACAGGGUCAGGAUCGGCAUAUUCUCAUCCUGUCAAUCCCCCCGUGCUCCGAAAAGAUUCGGCGAGAACGGAAGCGACGUCGUUUGCUUUCCAUCAGAUGACGGUUCCGCGGAAACAAACAAUUUUAGACUUGACGCAAGUGACCUCAAAAGGCCGGCCGAGCCGUCGGGAAAAUUACGUGGGAUUUACGGAGUACAAAAAGCUGGCCCCUCAACAGGCUACCCAAAUCAAGGUACGAAAGCCUGGGCCAUCGCCCAAAGAAAAGGAGCCGCCCAGGGCGGCGGAGACAAAUAGUAAACAGGAAGGCAGGUACGGAGUUGUUCGCGCGACCGGUGAUGGCCGAUCCUGGUCCUAUGAAUUAAAACGCGCUGUUCGAGACGGAGCUUAUUGCUCGGCGUGUUUCUUCAACGGAGCUUUCCCAGUAACUAGCACCACGGCACGCACACUUGCAUGGUAUGGUAUCUCGAUCUUGCUUGUGGCGCCGACUUUCCUUGCUAUUUUUUGCAUGAUCGCCUCACUUGCAGCAAGGCAGAGAAGAAAAAAAGGGGGCCUUACCACGGUAGGCGGGCUUGUGGGCGGCACAGGCCAGGCGGCUACAGCAUCUGGAUUCUGGAUGACCAUGGACAAACUGGGCAACUGGGGCACAAAUGGACCUUUCGGACUGAUCGGGUUAAUGAGUGGGUUGUUCUUGAAAGAGAAGGUUAUCGGUACUCGCAAACAGCGCAAGGCUUCGCAUGAGAGGAUUGUACAUGGGACCCUCUUGGCCCUCUCGCGUCCGUUUGCCUUCGCCCAAUCCACCCCGGUCCCCGCAGGUGUGGCAUCGAGUGGACGAGCAAGAGACAAGGGCAAGCCCAUGAUCACCUUUUGA